UCUACGUAGCCUGCGCGUACAUCUACUCUCAGCCUGCCUGCUAUAGGUGUUGCAUAAUUCACCCUUUCCCACCGGAUCCGUUUGCUUCCUCCGCCUCCUUGUCAGGAAGUGCUGCCGCUAGUGGAGUAGCUCUGCUGUCUCCCCCGUCGCUGUCUGCGCGACGUGCACCGCGAUGCCGUGCUUGCUUCUCGUCGGGACGCCGUAACAGACGACGCCGGACCGGGGGGGAAAGGAUGCGCGCGGACUAUGCCUCAUGCGGGACGCAGAGAGACGCAUCGGCGGCGGCAUCCUCCUCAGCAGCGGGGCGCGCGGCUAGCGCCCACCCCCACUCGCUCGUGCUUUUCCUCCCCCCCCUGCUGAAAGCAUGCCUGCGUGAGGGAUGAGGCUGGGGACAGGGACACCAGGCCAUAGCUGCGGCCUACUUCUUAUCACAAGAGCAGGGCUCGCCACCGCAAGAGCAGCAGCAUACGCCAGCGCUUUGCCACCAUCACACCAGCGUCUUUGGUCAGCGAGGAGAUCGAGGAGCAUGAGCAGGGCUCUGAGUGGCGAGAGCAGAUGUCAGGCUACAAGCGCAUGCGGCGGCAGCACCAGAAGCAGCUGAUUGCCCUGGAGAACAGGCUCAAGGCCGAGAUGGACGAGCACAAGCUCCGCCUCCAGAAGGAGGCGGAGACGCAGGCCAGCAACACCUACAUUGAGCUGGAGCGCCUAGCCAAGAAACAGGCCGCUCAGAUGGAGAAGGAGUUGAAGGCGUGGGCCGUGGAGGAGAAGCGGAUUCAGCAGCAGAUCCUGGUCCAGCAGAAGAAGGAGCUGACCACCUUCUUGGAGACACAAAAGAAGCAGUACCGGCUGUGCAGGGAGCGAAUGAAGGAGGAAAUGAACGAGGACCCCAGCACACCGAAGGAGGAGAAACAGGAGCGCCUGUCGCGCCAGAAGGAGACGGUGCAGCGCUCGCAGGCUCAGGAGGAGGCUCAGUUCCUCCACCAGCAGAGGCUUGUCUAUGACAGGAGCUGCCGCGCCCUGAAGAGGCGAAGUCUCAUCAAAAAGCACGAGCUCGAGCAGGAGCAGAUCCGGGAGGAGCUGAACAAGAAGAAGAGCCAGAAGGAGAUGGAGCAGGCAUUGAUGAUCCGGCAUGACGGGUCCACGCAGGACCUGGAACGCCGCCACCUGGACAGCCUGCAGAGACUGCGCAUGGAGCUCAUCCGCCUGCAGCACCAGACUGAGCUGGAGAACCAGGAGGAGUACAACCACCGCCGGCAGAGGGAGCUGCAUCGUAAACAUGCCCUGGAACAGCGACAGCAGCCUCGCAACCUCAAGGCGUUGGAGAUGCAAAUCAAAAAACAGUUCCAGGACACUUGCAAGGUUCAGAACAAACAGUACAAAGCCCUGAGGAACCACCAGCUGGAGGUCUCACCCAAGAGUGACCACAAAUCCCUGCUUAAAUCUCUGAAAGAGGAGCAGACUCGCAAAUUGGCUACGCUGGCCACUCAGUAUGAGCAGAGCAUCAGUGAAAUGAUGGCCUCUCAAUCGCUCCGGCUGGACAGUGAGCAGGAAGCUGAGUGCCAGGCCCUACAGCGGCAGCUGCAGCAGGAGAUGGAGCUCCUGGAUGCCUACCAAAGCAAAACGAAGGCCCAGGCCGAAGCCCAGCAUGAGCGCGAGGUGCAGAAGCUGGAGCAGAAGGCGUCCUUGCGCAGAGCUCACCUGGAACAAAAAAUUGAAGAGGAGCUGGCUUCACUUCAGAAAGAACGGACGGAAAAAAUCAAGCAUUUAUUUGAGCGCCAAGAGCGAGAGUUGGAAACGUUCGAUAUGGAGAGCGCACGACUAGGAUUCGGGAGCUUGGCCUCUUUCGACUUUCCCAAGGAGGACGACAGAUGAUGGAGCCCAGGGUUUGGAGAGCAUGCUAUGCUGACAGCUGUGGGCCUAGCAUGCCUGAACUAACCCUGACUGCUGGAUUUUACUAAGACCACCUUUUACAGCGACCAUGUGGGACCACUCUUUUGAAAUAUCUAAAUCAGUUCUGGGGGAGUUCUCUGACAUCAUUAGAGAAGGAACAGGCACCCAGCACAGAUGACUUCAUCGGAGCUCCAAAAACAGAAGGGAUAAAUGUAGAAGAGCUGAUAUUGUUUCUCCAUGCCGUCGACCCACGUUUGGUAUCAGUAAUUCAGGAUAUUUUAGUACAAGUAAAAGCACUUUGAUACGUUUAAGUAUGAACCAACAUGUAAAGGGAACGCGUUGUGCGGAAUUGCCUUUGGGGUUAUCAAAGGACACUGCGACUGUAGAAUGUGUCCUCUGUCUUCACCGUGGCUAUUAGCUGUUUCGUCUUUGUUCAUCACAGCGAAUGUGAAUACUGCUGGCAAAAGCUGUAAGCAAAGGCAGGUUUUGAAACAGUGGCUGAUUUUAAAAUAUAGUAAAUAUAUUGAGAGCAUUCAAUAACUCUCAUAUUGUGGUAGAACACAUGCCUCUUUUUGAAAAGUACAAAAAACAACAUCAUUUAUUCAUUGUUCAGUAUCCUAAAUGAAUUGGCAUUAGUUUUUAUCAGGGUGUGAAUUUAAUACAACAAAUCAGUUCUGUCAGACUCCUUCCUGGUAUUAAUGCAUGCACUUUAAAAGAUGAAUUCAGGUUGUGAAGUGGCGCAUGGAUCUGUCAGAGAGUUUAGCUGUCUGUAAAUAAAAAGUCCAUAGCAGUUCUGUUUUCUUGGCUAUUGAUACUGAACAUAAGCUUUAUCUUUGAUAUGAAAAAUUGCCAAAUUGCCAAAUGCCUUCGAGUUGAUGAACAUUUUAUUUCUCUUUAUUUUACCCAGGCGACAUUGUUGUUUGUUGAAUUGUGAUUCAGUGUGGAGUUUUCACUGCUCUUGUACAGGGAAAAUGGUGCAAUUUGUGUUGUAAAAACUUUAUAUCAAUAUUUGUAUAUGAUUAUCUAAAUAGGGGUUUACAUAUGUAUUGAUUAGUCAACUGGAAUAUAGGGAAAACCUACACAGUGGAGGCACAAGAAGGCAAACUAUUUUUGUAAGCAACAGAACAAACAAAGAAUUGCCAGUUUCACUAAUGUGACACGUAGUUUGUUUGGGUGGAGCUAUGAUUCGCUAUCUGGCAUGCCUCUAACUGGCAUUUGAGUGAAGAACAUCUAAAAAUAAUAAUAAUAACAAUAAUGAUGAUAUAGGCAUUUGACUAAAUCAUAGUCUUUAAGAAUGGAUUGUGUAGGGCCAGGAAAAUUACUUUCUUUUUAAGCCCUAAAAAGAUUCAUAUCUUUUUUAAACUCACUUGCAUCACACUAUGCACACUUAGCACAUGACAUGUUGUGUAACUCGAACCAAGGGACACCAUUUAGUCUAAAAUUUAUAACGCCAACCAAGGGACACCAUUUAGUCUAAUAUUUUGUGACUGUCAUUACUGGCCGCUUUUCAGACAAAGCCAUUGUUGAAACUGCCAUUGCACAAGUGAACUGAUGUUUUAACAAAUAAACUUAAUGAAGUUUUUGUUGGCUAAUGAUAUGUGGUAGGUAUG